CUUUCCCCUAGGAGAAAAAAAUAGUCUCGCGAUAGGCGCUCGCAUAAGCAGCCGCCAUAUUCUGUGACAGUAUUUUGAUUGGUGUCUGUUGGACGUAAGAAAAGAAAAGAGAAAAUAAAGUGGGAGUAGAGGGGGUAAAGAAGAAGAGCUGUCAAAAUAAUUCCCGUGUCUCUGAAACAGCGGGGGGAUGUAGUAACCCCCCACUCGAGUCAAAACAGAGAAGUCCAGAGUGCCGUAGAAACUCCGUUCACGAAGUCCCCCCCUCCUCCGCUCUUCUUUCAGCACCACGGCCCUGUGGAGAUUCGGUGGCUGUGUCUCGGGUGUUGAAGGUGGCCCGGGGAGCGGCGGCGGAGACGAAGAUGCUCAAGUUGUGGCUGAGGUGCUGCCACCACUGAGGCGUCGUCAGUGUGCUGAACGGAGCGAGCAGAGCAGUCCUGACCUGGCAGUACACGAAUGGCCCAGGGAAGCCACCAGAUUGACAUCCGGGUUUUGCACGACCUGCGCCAGAAGUUCCCUGAAGUUCCAGAGGGUGUUGUUUCCCAGUGUGUUCUGCAGAACGACAACAAUUUGGACGCCUGUUGUGAGUACCUGUCUCAGGUGAGCCCGGGGUACUUGUACAGCGAAGGAGGCAACCUCAGCAACAACGACGACCCCAGCUUCAUCAGGCUCCGCAAUCACAUGACCCAGCUGAACCUGGGCCUGCAGUCUCAGUUUCAAAAUGUGCAUGCGGCCCCGGGACGGGACGGCCUGAGGAUGAACGGCAGCAGGACUCUGUCCCACAGCCUGAGUGACGGGCCCCUCCAGACAGGACAGACCCCAAACAGUGACUUCUUCCAGCAGGAGCCCCAGUCAGCCCCUGUGCAGGCACCCUCCAGCCUCAAUGUGUUUGCCGUGAUGGAGCCUACGCGCAAGCCCCAGCCGCCCCAGCACCUGGGACUCUACCAGCUGGGGGGCAAAGGGCAGUCCAUGGGCCAUCAUGGCCAGCAGACGCCCCGCUUCAACCCCAUCACCGUCACCCUGGCCCCCAACAUCCAGACGGGACGCAACACCCCCACCUCUUUGCACAUACACGGCGGGCCCCAUACACAGUCCGGACUGAGCAGUCCACAAGGUAACUCUAUCUACAUCAGGCCUUAUGUGACCCAGCCCGGCGGUACGACCCGGCAAAGCCAGCAGCAGCAGGCUGGCAGGGCCCAGUACAGCCCCACCUCCCAGCCCCAGCAGCAGAUCUAUCAGAUCUCCCAUCCCACCUCACUGCCUGGCUCCCGGACAGGCCCUUCCUGCCAGCAGCACCAGCACGGCUCCUCACAUACCUCACAGCACCAGUCACAGGGCCACCAGACCUCCCAUGUUUACAUGCCCAUCAGCUCCCCUACCAACCCACAGGCCCCCUCUAUCCUCCAGGCCCCCUCUGGAGGUCAGGCCUCCUCCUCUGGUGCCUCGUCCUCGGUCAUGCCCUCUGGCAUGUCCUCCUUCAGCCAGUAUAACAUCCAGAACAUCUCCACCGGACCGCGCAAGAACCAGAUAGAGAUCAAACUUGAAUCUCCUCAGAGGAGCAACUCCACCACGACCACACUGCGCACCAGCAGCAGCCCCCGCUCCAACUCCUCCACCUCCUCCUCCUGCCCAUCAUCCUCCUCCUCUGUCGGGGCAGCCCCUGGCACCACCACUACCCCCCUGUCCAUCGGAGGCCCGGGCCUAAGCCGCAGCCAGCCCACUGUUUACAUCUCUGCCAGCCCGCCCACCGCUGCUACUACCACCCCUUCUGACGAGGCCGUCAUGGUCCCAACCGGCUCUCGCUCCCAGCCCAAGUUUUACAUUACUGCUAAUAACGAUGACGGUGGAGGCAGAAAUCCUCCAACCGUCUACAUCUCUGCUCAACCUCCUCCGCACGGGUCGCAGGGGGCCCGGAAUAUGGGGGGCCAGGUGAGCAUGGGCCCCGCCUACAUCCACCAUCACCCACCCAAGUCCCGCUCGUCUAUGGGAGGGGCAGGCACGGCCACCUCGCCCAGGGUGGUGGUCACCCAGCCCAACACCAAGUACACUUUCAAAAUCACAGUGUCCCCCAACAAGCCCCCAGCAGUGUCCCCUGGCGUCGUUUCCCCUACCUUUGAGGCCACCAACCUCCUCAGCCUCCCGUCAGACCACCAUUUUGUGGAGCCAGAGCCCCAUCAUCUCUCAGACCCUCUGUCUGCAUACAGGGAGAGGCCCAGCGAGCCACGCAGACUCAGCAUGGGUUCAGACGACGCUGCAUACACACAAGCCCUGUUGGUUCACCAGAAGGCCCGUAUGGACCGGCUGUGGCAUGAGCUGGAGUUAAAAAAGAGGACGCUGGAGAAGCUAAAAGAGGAGGUCAACGAGAUGGAGAACGACCUGACUAGGAGACGGCUAGAACGAUCCAACUCCCAGUCCCAAAUCCCCUCGAUUGAGGAAAUGCAGCAGUUACGAUGCAAAAACAGGAUACUGCAGAUUGACAUCGACCUUUUAACCAAAGAAAUCGAUCUUCAAACAAGAGGACCCCACUUUAAUCCCAGUGCAAUUCAUAACUUCUAUGACAACAUUGGAUUCCUAGGUCCCGUCCCACCCAAACCCAAAGGUACUUUACGUGUUGAGCCAGAGGGUCAGGGGACAGACGGAAGAAUAUUUAAUGUCACCUCCACGCUAACCAUGGAGCCCUCUUCUGCCCCUCCUCCUCCCGCUGCUCUCCCCCUGGAGUCAGACCAGGAGGAAGACGAGGGUACGCAGUGGAGCUGCACUGCCUGCACCUUCCUCAACCACCCCGCCCUCAACCGCUGUGAACAGUGCGAGUUCCCACGGCACUUCUGAGCCACAAAGACGCCGACAAUAUCCAACACCCUGCUCCACUUUUCUAUGAGAGUCAAAGAAACUAGAU